UUGUAAAACAGAUGGCAGGACCAUCGCAUAGUAACAAGCCUCGCUAAUUCAUCCCAUGGUAACUCCAUAGGCAAACAACUAAAACAUAAAUAUGGGUUUACUUUCACUAUUACGGAAACUUAAAUCUGCACCAAACAGAGAACUUCGUAUCCUCUUGCUUGGUUUAGACAAUGCAGGAAAAACUACUAUUUUAAAAUCAUUAGCAUCUGAGGAUGUAACACACAUAACACCAACCCAGGGGUUUAAUAUUAAGAGUGUACAAUCUGAAGGAUUUAAAUUGAAUGUCUGGGAUAUUGGUGGACAACGAAAAAUUAGACCAUACUGGAGAAACUACUUUGAAAAUACAGAUGUCUUGAUUUAUGUUAUAGACAGUGCAGAUAGGAAGCGGUUUGAAGAAACAGGUGUUGAACUUGCAGAGUUACUGGCAGAAGAAAAACUAUGUGGUGUUCCUCUGUUAGUUUAUGCCAAUAAACAAGAUCUUUUAAACGCUGCACCAGCUAGUGAAUUAGCAGAGGGCCUUAACCUUCCUGCCAUUUUGGAUCGAGCUUGGCAGAUUCAAGCCUGUUCGGCUCUGUCAGGAGAAGGAUUGAAGGAUGGUCUUGAUUGGGUGUGUAAAAACAUCAAAAGGAAGUAGUGUAGUAAACAAUGGACUUAGCCACUGACAUCUAGUCUCAUGUUUGGUAUCAUGCAAUGCAACACACAUCUGUAUU